AUGCAACGGCCAACAAACGCGUGGUGGCUACUGCUUUGCGCCUUGUGCGUGCUUCCGGCGGCGCAAGCAGCCGUGGGCUCCUGCUCAGCAACUAGUCCAUGCGACACUGGGUGUUAUGAUGUUUGUGUCUCUGAUUGCCAUGCAGUAGCUGAGUGCGGAGAAUAUGCCGCAACGCCUGGAGCAAGCUGUCCUCUGAAUGUCUGCUGUUCAAAAUAUGGCUUCUGUGGUACUACGGAUGACUUCUGCGGCACUGGAUGCCAGAAUGGCUGCGACGCCAUCAAAGAACCUACCUGUUCUGGAUCAUCCAGCGAUGCUGUCUACAUUGGGUAUUAUGAAGGCUGGAAUCCAACCCAUCCCUGUGAUGUUGUUUUGCCCGAGAACAUCAAUCACCUCUACUACUCCUUCGCUGGCAUCAGUACAUCUGACUUCACUAUCACCACGACCCACGACAAAGAUAAGGAAUACUGGUCCAGGUUCACUGCCCUUAAGAACAAGAAGCCGUCUUUAAAGACCUAUAUUUCAGUAGGGGGCUGGGACCUCGGAGGCGAGGUAUUUUCCCACAUGGUACAAUUUCCAGGUGCGCGCAAGGCAUUCAUCGACUCAGCUCUCUCUAUGAUGUCCGAGUAUGGGUUUGACGGCAUCGAUAUUGAUUGGGAAUACCCCGCUGCUGAGGAUCGAGGUGGUGCAUCCACCGAUACUGAUGAUUAUGUGACAUUUCUUUCCGAAUUGAGGGACGCGCUGGGAACAAAGUACGGUCUUACAUGCACCAUACCGUCUUCCUACUGGUACCUGAAAGGCUUCAAUGUCACAGGAAUGGAGCCCUACGUUGACUACUUCAACUUCAUGUCGUAUGAUAUUCAUGGUACCUGGGACGGCAAAAGCAAGUGGACAAGCUCUGACGUGAACCCGCAUACAAACCUUACCGAAAUCUCCGCAGGACUUGAUCUUCUGUGGCGCAAUGGAGUUGACCCUAGUAAGGUUUUGCUCGGCUUAGGCUUUUACGGACGGUCAUUCACGCUGGCCAACCCUUCGUGCGAUACUCCGGGGUGUCCCUUCAAUACCGCAAACAACAGCACUGGUGGUGGCGUUGCCGGGGAGUGCACCCAAACUAGUGGAAUCCUCUCCGACUACGAGAUUAAUCGCAUCAUCGAGGACUACUCGGUCAAUGUCAAAUAUGAUGAAACUGCAGGGGUGAACUGGAUGACCUGGAGUGGGAACCAAUGGGUCUCAUUUGACAAUGCCCGCACCCUCAAACAAAAGGCGGACUUUGCAAACAGCAAGUGCCUAGGAGGCUUGUUCAGCUGGGCUCUCGACAUGGGUGGGCCUGGAUCUCUCAAGAAUCCGAACGACAUGUCCUCCAGCGACACCGGCAUGGGUGGUGCCAAUACCGAUGGGGGCAGCGAUGGCACUGGCGUCCUCUAUGUUGGUCCAGAGGUGCUCACCUCGCCAACUGUGACCGCCAUAGCGCCUGUUGACGUCAUAUUUCCUCAAGAUAUCCUUGGCAGCCCGACAGUGAUCUCGCCGGAGUCAUAUCCGACAAGCUUGGAAGUUGUCUGGAAUACUACGACAACCGUUACUUCGGGUACAUCCACUGGCGUUAGCACGGGAACUACCCGCUACAUAAUGCCCACCAACAUCGCUGUGCCUCCAGUGACCAUCGGGACCAUAUACUACUACAAUUGGAAUAUCACCAAUCCACACGUGACAUCUACACAUGGAUCAUUAAUCCCCAGCAUCGACCUACCCCCAGUGACAGUCAUAGACGACCCCAACCCGUUGAAUGAAACAGGCGUCUCUCACUCGCCACUGGGCACACGUGUUAUCAACAUCCCUCCGUGGCCAUGGUCUACCGGGGGCACAGUUUACCCGAACAUCACUUUCAACCAAGGCAGCCCCCCAGGUCCAACAUGCACUGCCAACUGUGGACAUAAGUGCAACAACUUUUGUAAUGGGCCCUGCUUAACGGAUUGCGGUAGAAAUAGCUCCUCGGGCUUCAUCGAUCCCUUGGACACUGACCCGCCAUCAGUAAAUAAAUGCUCGGGUCCGGGCUGUGUUAAUGGAAAGUGCACAGGACACGGGCUGUGUAUCGAGCGGGGUUGUACUGGCUCUGAUUGUCAACACAGAGUGUGCGUGGGAGAGGACUGCACCCCUACUGCGUGCACUGGACGAGACUGUAAGGAUGGGCACUGCACUGGGAGCAAUUGUCAGGAUCAUGGCUGUAUUGGAAGCGACUGCAUUGGUUAUGAUAAUGGUGAUGACAGCGGUGACGAUAGUGGUGAUGAUACUGGUGACGAUGGAGAUGAUAGUGGUGAUGAUGGAGACGACAGUGGAGAUGAUGGAGAUGACAGCGGAGAUGAUAGCGGAGACGAUGGCGGAGAUGAUGGCGGAGAUGAUGGCGGAGAUGAUGGCGGAGAUGAUGGCGGAGAUGAUGGCGGAGAUGAUGGUGAUGACAGUGGUGACGACGGGGAUGAUAGUGGCGAUGACGGAGAUGACAGCGGUGAUGAUGGAGAUGAUAGUGGAGAUGAUGAUAGUGGAAGCGAUGCGGACGGGGAAUGUUUGGGUCGGAAAUGCCUCUCCUGGGGCUGUACCGGCCUCGAUUGUUCUUCCUCAACGCAUACCUGCACCGGUCCAGAUUGCCGUGUGGUGAGCUGCAGUGGGCCGGGUUGCAAAAACGGCAUAUGCAACGGGGACAAGUGCAAUUCGGAGGACACCGACUGUGACUCAAGAGAGGCAGACAGAUGCACGGAGUAUAUCUCCAGCACUCUCGUCACUCCAGCCUCUACAUACUCCACAACCACCGUCACCAGCCAGUGCUCCACUAUCACUGCAUGCUCGGCCAAUCCUUCAACAAUAACCAGUACAAUUACAGGGGAUGGCCUGAUGGAAGGCACGAUUACUGCAGUUGACUCAACCGUGUCUGAAGAUCCCGCCCUCUGGACUAUGAUCAUGAAUGAUCUGAGCAGUUACUAUUCCAUGGCCUAUGCCACCAACUCGUCGACGAGCACCAGCAGCACCUCCAGCAUCAAGAGUACAUCAACCACGCAUUCGACGACCUCGACGACCACAUCCACGACUGCUUUCGCGUCGGAAACCGGCUAUAACUGUAAAGGCUCUUCCCGCUGUGGUACCUUUUCAAACCUACGGAGCUUCUGCGACAAAGCAAAGGAUGACCUAUUGGGCACGGUAACCUAUGGCACCACGAAGAAAGACAAAAACUCCGGAACGUGCUACACGGAUGGUAUGAAUGCCGGAUUCGGAUGCGGUGUGUUUGUCGAAGGGGAUAACUGUGAAAUGACAGGGGCUGAGCUAGCAGCGCACUAUGACCAUAUCAUGCAAUCCUCUGGCGGUGGUUGCAAGAUAUGUGGUCACGCCCUGCUGUCGAAUGGCUGUAAGGUGACAGUCAACUAUGUGAGCCAUUGCCAAAACACCGAUGGGAUCUUCCAGCCUGCUGGAGACGGUGGUCCGGAUGAAGAUGUAGAGACAUUUGCUUCUCCCACGCCCUCUUCUACCCCCCUGCCUGCUACAAACAGCGGACUGUUCAGCUAG